UUUGACGUUGACGGUUUUAAAUGAAGACACGCCUCUGCCAGAGAUCGUCACGGGGAUUGGACAAGGGAUCGAAUGAGGAUGGACGCCGUGGCAUGAUACGAAACUAACACAGUGCCUGUUCUCUUAUAACCGACUUCUUAAACAAGAAGCAAUUAUGUCUGCAUCCAGGGAAGAAGCGCUGUCUCCCGAUGAACUAAGAAAGAGACUUUAUCAAACAUUUAAAAGCAAAGGACUGCUUGAUACACUAAAAACACAACUGAGGAAUCAGCUGAUCCAGGAAUUAAAACACCCACCUUUGACAGAGAGCAAGUCACCAGCAUCUGUGAAGUGUGAUUCUGGUUGGGCCACAGUUUGUAACAGCUUAGUGGCUGAUUAUCUUCGAAACUCAGGAUAUGAGUACAGCCUGUCUGUAUUUAACCCAGAAUGUGGUCUGAGCAAAGACAAGAUGCUUACAAAAGAAGAUAUUCUUCAGUUUGUGAAAAUUGCUCCAGAGUCAUCUUUGUACAAAGCACUGUCGGCUCAAGUAAAUUGUGACAAAAGUCUCCUAAUGUCUCUCCUGGUACAGUUAAGCCAAUGUCCCAUCCAUGAACAAGGCAAUGAUGUGGUCACUCAAACAACCAACAUGUCAAGCUAUGGGGACUCACUAGUUGAAAAGAUGAAAAUGAUUGACAUGGAAUAUGACAAUCAUACUAGCAGAGGUAAUGCAUUUUUCACUCUACAGUCUAAGUUGGAGUCGUAUAAAAAAGAAAUUGAAGAGCGGCUACAGGAUGAAAUGAAAAUAAAGUUGCAACAUUUUAAAGAUGUUGAACUUGCUAAAGUGCAGAUGGCAGAAAAAGCCAAAUUUAACAAAGAAAUCGUUAAACUGAAACAUGAAUUGGAGGAGACAUAUGAAAUGAAAACAAAAGCUCUCAUGGAACGUGAGAAAAACGCCAUAGCCCGGUUACAAAAACAGCAAGAGAUUGAAGAAAAAAAUGUCUACAUGCAAAGACAAGAAGUACUUAAGGAAAUUGAAGCAGUUCGGAAUAGGGAGAGUGAGCUGAGGAUCAAAAUGGAGGCUUUUGAAAAAAAUUGUCGGAUUCAUGAGGAAAAGGUGAAGACAACAGUGGAGUUGCUGAGGCGAAGGGAAGUGGCUGUGAAGACCUUGGAGGACACACAUGACCAAAGACUUAGAAAUGAACUUUCUAGGUAUCAGCUUGAACUCAAGGAAGAAUUUGUCAAGAGAACAGAAAAAUUGACAGAAAAUGAGACCCGAAAUAAAAUGGAAACGGAGCGUCUUUUAAAGGAGUCAGCUAAACUGGACGCCAAAUUGGAAGAGCAUGUUAGACUAUGUUCAGAGAUUAAAGAGCUGAAGACUGAACUAGACAUGGCACAGCAACAGCAGACUAUACUGACUGAACAAAAAGAGUUGCUUAAAGAGAAGCUUGAAACCAUGAGUAACUACACAAGCCUUCAAUCAGAGAGAGCGGAGCUACAGAGCCAGCUGCGACUGCUGGGCAAACAGCUGGAGGAGGCGAUGGAGAUGAACAGCCAUCUGCGUGCAGAUAUGCAGAGAAUCCAGAGCGCUCGAAGACAGGCAGAGGAAGACGGGGACAAACAGAAACAGGUGCUGCAGGCUCAGCUCCAAAGUGAGGUGGAGCGCAGUGCUCAGCUCAGGGCACAGCUGAUGGAGUGUGAGGAGAAGGCCAAGUGGAUGAACAACCAUGUGGAUGACAUUAAGAUGCAGCUGCAGCAAACACAGCAAGCUCUUGAAAAUGAAGUGCUGCGUAACCCCAAGCCUUCUCUUGUUGACCGCUCCAUUCUGGAGAUCUGCUCUGAUCACCUGGUUCCUCCUGACAUAUAUGUGGACAGAACAGUAUUGAAGACCACGGCACAUUAUGAUUUGUCUAAAGCAGAUGGAUCUUUGCAAAAACACACCUGGGGUAACACAUUGGAAUCUGACAUGGAUCUAAUUGCUGAUGCUAAAGCCCGAAUGCUGGAGUUACAGAGAGAAGCUGAGACUAUUGAGGAAGCCUAUAGGAACUACCAGCAGAGGGCAGUGGUGUCCAACAUCUCAGACAUGCUCAUCCCAAGACCACUUUCCCCACAGUAUCCUGCUCCUCACCCAGACUCCCCACUGAGGAGACGGCCACACAGAUUGCUCUCUCCCAAAGCUACCAGGACCCCCCCUCUAACAUCAUAUGACACCAGAAAACCAUCUGAAAGUCAAACUAAAGUGACGUUUUUAAAAAAUCCUGCCAAGACCCCGCUUUCUGGGUUUUUAGCUGGUGAUGGUGCUCAUCAACUGACUGAGCCCUUAUAUGAAAGAGACGGACACUUUGGGGAUGUAAGUCCCAUUCCAGCCAAACGCACAUCUCUUCCUCAAGAAUCACCUACAAGAAAUAAGGAUCAAAAAGUAACACAAGUAGCAGGCCCACUGGCAGCCCUAACAGAGGAUGCGCAGCUCUCUAAUCAGAAAGCUGUUCCUUCUGAUGACUUUCUUUUUGAUCUCAGUCCACCUCACAGCCCUGUGCUCAGGAGCACAGCACGAGAUGCAGUCAGCCCACCAAAGCUGAAGCCUGCUUUCUCCAGCUCAGAGUCUUCUCCUCAGCCAGAAAAAAUCAGCCUGGAGGAUCUCACACAGCCACUGCCAGAGCAGAGCCACAUUCCAGAGCUUCUCCUGGACACUGGCGUCCCAGAAGGCCCCACUGUCCCGCGCCUACAGAGUCCACAGGAUCUCCAGCAAGACCCACCAGCCAAACAAAGCCAUGAGGUGGCAGAGCAGGAGGAUGACAAGGAGCAAAAAUGGAAAAGAGAAAGAAAGGAAAGGGAAGAACAAAGACUGAGAGAGCAAGAAGAGGCCAGAGAGAGGGAGCUGCAAGAACUGGAGCGACUGGAGAAAGAACAUCUCUUGCAAGAGGAAGACCAACCACCAUCAAAAGAGGAGGUGAUAAACACUGAAAACAGUGAGAGACAAGAGGAACAAGAAACAAAUGAUGAUGGGAAAGAGUCUAAAGCUGAAGAGAAUCCUCUGGAAAAGUACAUGAAGAUGGUGCUGGAAGCAAGAGAGACACAACAGGCAAGUCCUGAACAAGAAGCCAAUCCCCUAAACUUUGAAGAUAAAAGUCUGUCGGAAGCGAAAGAUGAAAGCAUUGCAGCAUAUUCUCACAAGGAUGAAGACGAUGAUUUCUGGUAGUAUUUUUUUUAUGGCUUGUUAUUUUAGAAAUUGUAAACACCU